AUGGUGGUGGCUCAGCCUUCUCGUUCUGGUUCCUCUGGUGGUGGUGGAGGGAUGAAAAAUACUGCUAGCUUGGGUCUCCAUGUCGUCACAGGGCGGUGGUUCAUGGUGUUCGCCUGCCUUCUCAUCAUGUCAGUCGCCGGAGCUACUUACAUAUUUGCUAUAUACUCCGGGGACAUCAAAUCCUCCCUUGGGUAUGAUCAAAGCACCCUUAAUCUCCUUAGCACUUUCAAAGACUUGGGUGGCAAUGUUGGAAUCAUCUCCGGUUUAAUUAACGAAAUCUCUCCACCGUGGGUGGUGCUCCUCCUUGGCGCCGCCAUGAACUUCUCUGGGUACUUCAUGAUUUGGCUGGCAGUCACCGGAAAGAUCGCAAAACCACCCGUUUGGCAAAUGUGUUUGUUCAUUUGCAUAGGUGCAAAUUCACAAACGUUUGCUAAUACAGGAGCUUUAGUCACUUGUGUACAAAAUUUUCCAGAAAGUCGAGGGGUGGUUUUGGGACUCUUGAAGGGUUUUGUAGGGUUAAGUGGCGCAAUUAUCACUCAACUAUAUCAUGGUUUUUAUGGGCAUGAUCCAAGAUCACUCAUCUUGUUCAUCGGUUGGCUUCCAGCAGCUGUGUCCAUAGUUUUUCUUCGAAUUGUUAGAAUCUUGAAGGCAGAGUAUGCUGCCACAGCUUCCGUUGUUGUGAUUCUACUCUUUGCUCCUAUUGGUAUCGUGUUCAAGGAAGAAUUCAAGCUUUGGAAAAAGAAUCAGGAGGUGCUUCAUCAUUUUCCGGUGAAGGUAAUAACCGAGAACCCAACCACAAGGAAUGACCUUGUCACGCCACCGCCACCACCGCCGGAGAAAGAAGUUUCUUGCUGGAAAACCGUUUUUGCUCCACCAGAAAGAGGAGACGAUUUCACUAUCUUACAAGCGGUUUUUAGUAUCGACAUGUUGAUACUAUUCACCACCACCACCUUCGGCGUUGGCGGCACUUUGACGGCGAUUGACAACCUGGGUCAAAUCGGGCGGUCUCUCGGGUACCCAAGUACGAGUAUCACCACCUUCGUAUCUCUUGUGAGUAUUUGGAAUUAUCUGGGUCGGGUCACAUCCGGUUUUCUUUCGGAAAUCCUUUUAGCAAGGUAUAAAUUUCCACGCCCAUUAAUGCUCACAAUCGUCCUUUGUGUUUCUUGUGUGGGACAUGUCAUAAUAGCCAUGGGAGUACCAAAUGGGCUCUACGUUUCAUCUAUCAUAAUGGGUUUUUGUUUUGGAGCUCAAUGGCCAUUGAUUUUCGCAAUCAUAUCUGAAAUAUUCGGGUUGAAAUACUACUCUACUUUGUACAAUUUGGGUGGUGGUGCAAGCCCCGUCGGAGCUUACAUCCUUAAUGUGGUGGUCGCCGGUGGACUUUAUGACAAAGAGGCAGAAAGACAAAUGAAAGCGAAGGGAUUGGAACGAGAACAUGGGAAAGAUCUAACGUGUACAGGAGUUGACUGUUAUAAAUUGUCUUUCCUUAUUAUAACUGGUGCAACAGUAUUUGCAGCUUUUAUUUCGUUUAUUUUAGUGAUAAGAACAAGAAAAUUCUACCGAAGUGAUAUCUACAAGAAGUUUCGGGAGGCAAGAGAGGCGGCAACCGCUCAUACUGAGAUGGUGGUGUCACCGGUAACCACCAUAGAACCACCGAUGCCAUCACAAGCACCUCCACUGGAAAGAAAGAGAACGGAAGAAGACGUUCAAUCACCGCAAGAUCGCCACCUUUUUCCUUCAGACGUCGUCUUCUUCCUUCAGCCGGACAUCUGCCCUCCUUCCGUCCAAGCUCCGUCCGUCUUCUCCGGCCAGAAUCAUCUCAUCUUCUCCGGCUAUAAUCUUCAACACAGGAUGUUGGUUUGGACCGAGAGUGAGGAUAAAACAUUUCUUGAUGCAUCACAUGAUUCAAGAGUUUUGAAAGAAGUUGCAUUCGAUCCGACUUUUGGAUUUCCAUUUCCUCCACCAGAUAAAUAUUACCUUUGUGAUGCCGCAUAUACAAACACUCGUGGGUUUAUGGCUCCAUACCGCAAUACUAGGAUUUCAGCCAAACUCUGUAAAAUUCGAACCUACAAAUUGAAUGUCCGACGAAAGAAAUUGGAUCUGAAAAUAAGCACUGGCAUGGGUGGUGGACGUUGGUGGCUGGAGCAGCGAAUGCAGGUGCCGUCGAUUUGUACUCUUCGAUUGUGCACUCGUCGAUUUUGUAGUGGUGGAACCCUAACACCACCAAUGUUGUUCCAGAGGUCGACGAUGGUCCAAGCAACAGUGGUAGGUCGCUAA